AUGCAUCCAUAUAUGAACCCCUUGAUUGAGGCUAUUGUCUCUGCUAAGACUGGCAUGGAGACUCCACAGAUGCCUGAUCAGCAGGGACGGCAGCAACCAUUGAUCUCUCCAGAAGCAGUAUCAAACAGUGCUUGGCAUAAUUCAGGAUCUGUGGGGCCAUUUUUUGCUGUGAUUUCCAUUAUUACAGUUUUGGCAGUUAUAUCUUGCAUAUUGGGUCGGGUUUGUGGAGGAAGGGAAGUUCAUCCACUGGAAAAUAUCAGGCACAGAGGCUGCUUAGGGUGGUUGAGAAGGUGUAGAAGGUGCAUGGGUGGUGGCGUUGUUGAAGUGGGUGCCAGGGUGGUUGGAUGCGGAGGAAACAGUAAUGGCAAGGCGCAAAUAGCUGAGCCUUCGCUACCCCCACCAGCAUGAGUGCAUGGUUUUGUCGUUGCCAAACAGUAGUAGUCCAGUGAUCACAGUUGUAGUCCGGAUGAUCGCUUUUCUUAGGUUGCUGCAAUCCUAUUUUUUUUUCCUUUGUAUUGUACAUGAUUUGUUGUCUUUCUGUGAGUAUAACUCUUAAAGUGAAGACGUUCUGUCAGUUCCUUGGCCCUAACUCCAUGAAAAUCCUUGACAGAGGGACCUUUGUUUUACGAAUUUUGAAGAGGAUAUAGUAAAAGGCAUUUCUAGUUCAAA